GGGAGCAAUAUAAACCCUACGAUGAGUGGUCACAAAGCAGGAACGACUCUCGAAAGCGAUGAGGAGGACGAAUGGGAGGAAGAGACCAAAUAUCUCGUCCUGGACGUCGGAACCGAAGUCGACGCCGAAACGGUGCAAGCAGCCGCCACCAAAUACGAAGGGCUCUCCAUUAUAGGUUUGGACACCCCAACGCCAAUACUUCGAGUAGGCAAUAUGGUCUUCAAAGGAUCCUUGGAUCGGACACUGGGGACCGAUCUGAUCUUCUCGAAGUCGAAUCCCAAUGAGAGCCGGCCUAAACGCGCGCCACAGGGUCCUAUGCCCAUGUCAAUGGACCCAAACCGGGCGGAGAUCGACAUGACGUUCAUCGGAACUUCUGCCCUAAGGGGAAAGUUCAAGAGGGUGGAUAUGGCUCGGAAACCAGAUUCUUCGAGCCCGAUGGAUGUUGAUCUACUGAGGGGGUGAGGAGUGGAAACGCCAAAGAGGUCGAGACGGCAUGCAGGAUGUCAGCAUUCAAGACAAAUUAAGCUGAUGGACGUCUUCGUUGUCGGACACCUGGUUCCCGAUGCGCUCUCUCCGCCCACCGCACAAGACGUCCAACUGUCUAUCGACAUCCCCCCUCGCGCGGCGACCCCGGAACACGGUAUCAUCAGCGUUCACACGGCGGUAUAGACCGCAGCUGAUGUGCCUGUCUCGGUUGCUGCUAUGGCACA